AUGUCUCAUUUGGUUUAUGGUGAAACUCAAUCUUUUGGAGACUCACACCAUGGACAAGGUCGACAACAUGUUCCAUUUCCAACCAAUUCAAGUUCCUUAAGGAUUCUUCUCUUACAUGGAAACUUAGAAAUUUGCAUCAAAGAAGCCAAAAACCUUCCCAACAUGGACACUUUUCAUAAGGCAAUGGGAGACAUGUUUUCAUUCUUACCUACAAAACUUAGUGGUAAAAUUGAAGGCAAAAUGUCUCAAAAUCUAACUAGUGAUCCAUAUGUUACUGUCUCUAUAGCUGGUAAUGUUAUUGCAAGAACUUUUAUCAUUAGAAACGAUGAAAACCCGGUUUGGAUGCAGCAUUUUAAUGUUCCUGUUGCACAUCUUGCAUCAGAGAUUCACUUUGUUGUAAAAGACAAUGAUGUUGUGGGUUCACAGGUUAUCGGUGCAGUGGGAAUUCCGGUUGAGAACUUAUGUAAUGGUUCCAAACUUGAAGGCUUUUUUCCAAUUCUUAAUACUAAUGGAAAGCCCUUUAAGACUGAUACAGUUUUAGGCUUAUCAAUUCAGUAUACUCCUGUUGAUAAGGUUACCCUUUAUAGUAACGGUGUCGGUGAGGAUUAUCAAGGUGUUCCUGCUACGUAUUUUCCGCUUAGAAAAGGCGGAAAAGUAACACUUUAUCAAGAUGCUCAUGUUCCACAAGAUUCUCUUCCUAGUUUGAAGGUUGAUGAUGUGAGUUGUUAUGAGAAUGGAAACUGUUGGCAUGACAUCUUCGAUGCGAUAAGUCACGCGUGUCGAUUGGUCUAUAUCGUCGGUUGGUCUGUUUACUACAAUGUUAGUCUCAUCAGAGAUACUAGAGAUGGAAAAGAUUAUUCUUUAGGCGAACUUCUCAAAGCCAAAUCACAAGAAGGUGUGAGAGUGCUUCUACUUGUAUGGGAUGAUCUUACUUCUAAUACCGUGCUCGGAUAUAAAACAGUUGGACUAAUGAAUACUUACGACGAGGAAACUCGUCGUUUUUUCAAGCAUUCUUCGGUUAGAGUGCUUCUUUGUCCAAGAUCUGGAGGAAAAGGACAUAGCUGGGUGAAACAACAGGAAGCUGGAACAAUCUAUACACAUCAUCAGAAGACAGUGAUUGUGGAUGCUGAUGCAGGUCAUCAUAAAAGAAAGAUUGUAGCUUUCAUUGGAGGUCUUGAUUUAUGUUUGGGAAGAUAUGAUACCCCGGAACAUUCUCUCUUCAGGACUUUGCAGACAACACACAAAGAUGAUUUUUAUAAUAAUAACUUUGAGGGUUCUGCUAGUGGUUGUCCAAGACAACCAUGGCAUGAUUUGCAUUCCAAAGUUGAUGGUCCUGCUGCAUAUGACAUUCUCACCAAUUUCGAGGAACGUUGGUUAAGAGCAUUAAAAAUGACUACACUUCUAAAGAUAAAAACUUCAAAUGAUGAUUCAUUACUGAAAAUCGAUAGAAUCUCAGACAUUGUUAGCAUUGAUGAAGUUCCUUACCUAGAUGAACAUAACCAACAAGAGACUUGGCAUGUCCAGAUCUUCCGUUCGAUCGAUUCCAACUCUGUGAAAAGAUUUCCAAAAGAACCAAAAGAAGCUAUACAAAGGAACUUGGUUUGUGGAAAGAAUGUAAUGAUAGACAUGAGCAUACAUUCUGCAUAUGUCAAAGCAAUCAGAUCAGCACAGAAGUUCAUUUACAUUGAGAAUCAAUAUUUUCUCGGCUCAUCGUAUAAUUGGGAUUCUUACAAAGACCUCGGUGCAAACAACUUAAUCCCAAUGGAAAUUGCGCUAAAAAUAGCGAACAAAAUCAAACAGAAAGAGAGAUUCAGUGUCUACAUUGUGAUUCCUAUGUGGCCUGAAGGUGUACCUUCAAGUAUAACUACUCAAAGGAUUCUCUUUUGGCAGUUCAAAACAAUGCAAAUGAUGUAUGCAACAAUUUACAAGGCCUUAGAGGAAGCUGGACUCGAAAAUCAGUAUGAACCGCAGGACUACUUGAACUUCUUUUGCCUUGGCAAUCGCGAGCUCCCCGAUAAUGAUAGCAUUUCGAAUCCUAUAAAACAGAACGGACAAAACGCUCCGCAGGUACUAGCUCAAAGGAAUACAAGAUUCAUGAUUUAUGUUCAUUCGAAAGGAAUGAUAGUGGAUGAUGAAUAUGUGUUGAUGGGAUCUGCCAACAUAAACCAGAGAUCCAUGGAAGGCACUAGAGACACUGAGAUUGCAAUGGGAGCAUAUCAGCCUAAUCAUACUUGGGCAACAAGCAAAUCCAAACCUCAUGGCCAGGUGCAUGGUUAUAGGAUGUCAUUGUGGAGUGAGCACAUAGGAGGUGUGGAAGAGUGUUUCAAGGAACCAGAGAGUGUUGAAUGUGUGAGAAGGAUAAGAGGUUUGAGUGAGUAUAACUGGAGACAAUAUGUGGCUGAUGAAGUAACUGAAAUGAAAAGUCAUUUACUGAAAUACCCUCUUGAGGUUGAUUCAAAGGGCAAUGUGAAUCCUCUUGUUGGGUGUGAAACAUUCCCUGAUGUUGGUGGGAAGAUAAAGGGAACCUUUGUUGUAGUUCAAGAAAAUCUCACCAUAUAA